GACGACUCACACUGACAGCAAACACUCUGAAUGUUCUAAGAAGAAGACGGGUACAAAACGUUUUAACUGCUCAGUUUGUGAUAAAAGAUUUUCUUAUAAGAGUUAUUUGACUCGACACAUGAGAACACACACAGGAGAAAAACCUUUUAGUUGCUCAGACUGUGGUAAAAGCUUUACUCAAAAGGUACAACUGGUAUCACACAUGAGAACACACACAGGAGAAAAACCUUUUACCUGCUCAGACUGUGGUAAAAGCUUCACUCUGAAAGUAAGUAUGUUAAAACACAUGAGAACACAUACGGGAGAAAAACAUUUUAUUUGCUCAGACUGUGGUAAAAGCUUCAGUCAUAAAGAAGAUGUGAGAAAACACAUGAGAACACACACAGGAGAAAAACCUUUUACCUGCUCAGACUGCGGUAAAAGCUUCACUCUGAAAGUAAAUAUGGUAACACACAUGAGAACACAUACAGGAGAAAAACCUUAUAGUUGCUCAGACUGUGGUAAAAGCUUCACUCAAAAGGUAAGUAUGUUAUCACACAUGAGAACACACACAGUAGAAAAACCUUUUAGUUGCUCAGUCUGUGGUAAAAGCUUCAAUCACAAGUUAAGUAUGGGUGAACACAUGAGAACACACACAGGCGAACAAUGUUUUAGUUGCUCAGACUGUGGUAAAAGCUUCACUAAGAAGUCGAAUGUAGUAGAACACAUGAGAACGCACACAGGAGAAAAACCCUUUGCCUGCUCAGACUGCGGUAAAAGCUUCACUAAAAAGUCAAGUAUCGUAUCACACAUGAGAACGCAUUCAGGAGAAAAACCUUUUACCUGCUCAGACUGCGGUAAAAGCUUCACACAGAAAUCACAUGUAGUAAAACACAUGAGAACACACACGGGAGAAAAACCUUUUAGUUGCUCAGACUGUGGUAAACGUUUCAAACACAAAGUAGAUGUGUUAAAACACAUGAGAACACACACAGGCAGACGAUUUAGUUGCACAAAUUGUGGUGAUACAUUUAGUCGAAAGUCCUCUCUGAAAAGACUCAUGUAGAGCCACUGAUGGUCUACUGUAGUUAAAGGUAUUUUAUUUGACUGUAUGCCCUAAUUGCUAAAGGCGGUAACUGAUGAAGUCACUUCCCGUUCAGUUAUGUCCAGGUUCGAUCCGGAAAGUACUGAUUUGAUUCCUUUUACUGACUUGAUUAUGAUUCACUCAUUGAAGUGAAUUGGGUACUCAAGUUACAGACCGCGUGGUUUGAUUUGAUUUUGCUGUAACGAUUGUAUGUAAUGAAAAGAAAUAAUUAUAUCAACAUAUAAACUCCUGAUGGAAAUCUCAGGACCAGUGUAAAAAUGGCUAGAAUUUGCAUUUUGCUCAUUUGGAUCUUAAUGAGGUUUUAAGUAGAGCUACAAUAUGCAAAAACAAGAAGGGGGGGUGAGACAACAAGCACUUUGAAAAAGUCAUUUAUUGAAAACAACAAAUAAACUGAAAUAGGCUGUUUAUCAGCUGAUCAAAAGUUUAAGACCACAGACUAUAAAAGGCCAAAUGUGCUCCAAAUGUCCCCACUGUCAGGCCCUCCUGAUGCUGAAGCUAAGAAGCUUUCUCUUUUCCAACGUGGUGGGAUUGUGGAGCUGCAUAAGCAAGGCCUCUCGCAGCGUGCCAUGGCUGCUGAGGUUGGGAGCAGGAAAUCAGUCAUUCUAAGUUUUUGUAAAGAUCCUGAGCAUCAUGGAACAAAAAAAUCAAGUGGUAGACCCAAAAACAUCACACCUGCACUGAGCCGGAGGAUCCGAUUGGCUGUCCAUCAAGACACAGGGCGGUCUUCCACCCACAUGAAGGUCCUCACUGGUGCCGACUGCAGCGCAAUAACCAUCAGACGCCAUCUGUGGGAAAAGGCUUUAAAAAACAAAAGACAAAUUCAAAGACCUCAUCUCCUUUUUAGACUUUGCCAGGGAGCAUCAAACACGGGACAUUGAAAGGUGGAACAAAGUUUUAUUCUCUGAUGAGAUAAAAUGGAACCUUGACGGUCCAGAUGGCUUCCAGCGUUACUGGCAUGACAAGGAGAUCCCACCUGAGAUGUUUUCUACCUGCACAGUGGAGGGGGGUCCAUCAUGGUCUGGGGUGCUUUUUCAUUCAGUGGAACACCGGAGCUUCAGGUGGUGCAGGGUCGUCAAACGGCGGAAAACUUACGUGCAGAUGUUGGGACGGGCAUCCCUCAUGACCGAGGGCCCUCGUCUGUGUGGUACCAGCUGGGUUCUUCAACAGGACAACGCUGCAGGUCACAAUGCUGGCUUGACCAAGGACUUCUUCAGGGAGAAUAGCAUCACUCUUUUGGACCAUCCUGCAUGUUAAAUCCCAUAGAGAACAUUUGGGGAUGGAUGGCAAGGGAAGUUUAUAAAAAUGGCCAUCAGUUCCAGACAGUUGAUGCCCCUGGUGAAGCCAUCUUCAGCACUUGGAGCAAUGUUCCCACUAGCCUCCUGGAAACACUGGCAUCAAGAAUGCCCAAAGCCAUUUUUGACGUGAUGAACAAGAACGGUGGAGCUCCUCAUUACUGAGUCCUACUGACAACAUUUGUUGUUCUGGUUUGGAGAGUUUUUUGUUAUUUUUGAGCGAUGGUCUUGAACUUGGGCCGCACGGUGGUUAGCAUGUUGGCCAACACAGUAACAGCCUGGAGAUCGGGAAGACCUGGGUUUGAUUCUCCCUUGGGCAUUUCUGUGUGGAGUUUGCAUGUUCUCCCCGUGUGUGUGUGGGGGUUUUCUCCGGGUACUCCGGUUUCCUCCCACAUUCCAAAAACAUGCAUGUUAGCUUCAUUGGGACCCUAAAUUGUCCAUAGGUAUGAAUGUGAGUGUGAAUGGUUGUUUGUCUAUAUGUGCCCUGCCAUUGGCUGGCCACCAGUCCAGGGUGUACCCUGUUUAUUCAUCAUAAAGUAUAUGAAAUGUUUGGAUUUGUAAGAUGUGUAAAAGAUUGCAUGUGUGUAAUGUAAAGUAAGUUUAUCAUUACUGUAACAGUAUAUAACCUUUACCCAACCUCAUUUCCCAAAAAUUGCAACUUUGUCUUUUUCCUUCUCAUUUAAAAAAAAUUAAAUACAUAUUUUUGUCUAAUAUUUCAACUUGAUGCUUUUUUCCCUCUUAAUGUUAUUACUUUACUCUGUUGAUAUUUCAUCUUUAUUCUUUUCAAAUUACUGCUCUUUUGUCCCAUUUCUUCUGAUUAUUCAGAUUCUUUUUUUAAACCAUAUUUUUAGAAUGUGCCCAGGGCCAAUAAAUAAAAAAAAUGUGGUCCAUAAAUGGCCCCCGAGCCACACUUUGGACGCAUUUGCAUUACACUUUUUUUUGCUCAUUUUUACAAAUGUAAAUCAUGAAUCUUUUUUUGUCACAAUAUGAC